GCUUUAACAAGACUCUACUUGGACAAAGCAACGUUAGUUUGGAAUGGUAACGCAGUGUCCGGGCAAGAAGAGCUGAUUAAAUUUUUUGAAAUGUUGCCAUCAAGUGAAUUCCAGGUUAAUGUGUUGGACUGCCAGCCCGUUCAUGAACAAGCUACUCAAGGCCAGACGACAGUCCUCGUGGUGACAAGUGGGACAGUAAAAUUUGACGGCGACAAGCAACGCUACUUCAAUCAGAACUUCUUGCUCACAGCACAGGCCACACCUACCAACACAGUGUGGAAGAUCGCCAGUGACUGUUUCCGCUUCCAGGACUGGGCCAGUUAG